AUGUUGAGAGGUAGAAAAGCUAAUCUCGAAGCUCAUCACGGUGUUAGAAUUAGUGACAAUGCCAUUGUGAGUGCUGUAGUUCAGUCAGAUCGGUACAUCUCUGAUCGAUUUCUACCAGAUAAGGCCCUCGAUUUAAUUGAUGAAGCAGCAGCCUCUAUUCGAUUGCAACAAGAAUCUAAACCAGAACAUUUGGAAAAGAUUGAUCGUUCGAUCAUUAUUUCUCGUAUCGAGUUGGAAUCUUUGAGAAAUGAACAAGAUCCAGCCAGUAUUGAACGCCGCAAGAAACUCGAAAAGAAAAUUGAGGAAGAGCAAAAACAAAGUGAUCUCUUUACCAAACAAUGGCAAGAAGAACGAGAUCGAUUAAGAAUUACCAAAGAAAAGAAACAACAAUUGGUGCAAUAUGAGAAACAGCUCGAAGAGGCCUUCCGUAAAGCAGAUUAUCAAACUGCCUCAAAACUACAGUACAAGACCAUUCCAGAUUUGAAGAAGGAAAUUGAACAAGUCUCAACAGGUUUCACAUUAAUUAGUGACUCUGUUUUGGAAGCUGACAUUUCUCGAAUUAUUUCACGUCGAACUGGAAUACCUCUCGAAAAUUUAUUAAUUGGUGAAAAAGAGAAAUUGUUGAAAAUGGAAGAACAUCUCUCAAAGAACAUUAUUGGUCAGGAUGAAGCUAUUCGUGCUAUUUGCAACACGAUUCGAAUUUCGAGAGCUGGAUUAACAGAUCCAAAUCGACCACUCGGUUCAUUCCUUUUCUGUGGUACUACAGGUUCUGGUAAGACUGAAUUAGCCAAACAAGUGGCAAAAUUCUUAUUCGAUGACGAGAAUGCCAUGGUUCGAAUUGAUUGUUCUGAAUUGAUGGAGUCACAUAGUGUUUCUAAAUUAUUGGGAGCUCCAGCAGGUUAUAUUGGCUAUGAGGAUAGUCCUCAACUCACCGAGUCUGUACGAAGAAAACCCUAUCAAAUUGUAUUAUUUGAUGAAAUUGAAAAAGCUCACAGAGACGUGUUAAAUGUCUUGUUACAAUUAUUGGAUGAAGGUUUUCUCACAGAUUCAAGAGGAAAUCAUGUCAAUUUCAGAAAUACCAUUGUUAUUAUGACCUCCAACGUUGGUUCAGAAAUAUUUGCCUCACUCCCAGCAGGUGUUCCUUCAAGUGAAGCCAAGAAGGAAGUGAACGAUUUGUUUAAACAUUAUUUCAGACCUGAAUUUUUGAAUCGUAUUGAUAAUAUUGUAUUCUUCAAUCGAUUGAAUGAGGAAAAUAUGAAGAAAAUUGUAGACAUUCAACUUUCUAGAAUUGCUAAACAACUCAAAGAACGAAGAAUGCUUUUAGAAAGAGCCAUUCAUAGCAAUUUAUUGACACCACUUGCAAAACUCUUGUUGGAAGGAACUGUAAAGGAAAAUUCCAAGAUUCAUGUCGAUUUUUCUGGUCAAGUGAAUGAAGACAAUGAAGAAACUUUAGAUAUUACAAGUACUCCGCUCGAAGGUCAAGUGGUAGAGACCAAUGUUGAAGAAUUGUAA